GACCUUCAACCGGUGCUCGAGCCGGUAAUAAACAUCUCCGCAUUGGGGAAUAGGGGCCGAGUAUUCGGUCUAGUACCUACCUAGGUAAGUAGGUAAGCCUCCAUUCACUUAAAAGCGAACUUAGCCUCUCCAUUUCGGCGUAUGCGUGCAAUUGAACCCUGCCUUGUGAGAUUGUUGUUCGCGAUGAGACCCUAUACCCAUUUUAAGAUAUGGGUUUGGCAUCAAAAACUACAAUCUAAACCAAUAAGCUACCAGUAGUUCCAAUGUGUCUAGGAUGCAUAACACCAUUCACCUCCCAAAUUGAGACAAGUUAAAUGGUCUUAAUUCGAUAGCACACCGGCAUGAGUCAACAGAGAGGUAACACACGCAUACCAAAGCACAUUCGUUAUCAAUAUCACAUGAUGAAUAGAGGACCAUCUCAGUAUAAAUCUAAUCUUGGUCGUACAAGCCAGCAUUGAAGAUGAAAGGGAUUCAGAAGCCAGAAUACCAAUUGUCUUAACUUAACUUAAUUUGCCAUUCAUCUUACCAUGUCGUCCGGUUCAGGCACAACUGCAACCACAGGCAAUGAGCCCCGAAUGCGACUCAGGGAACUCUUGCCUAACUUACAGCUAGGAGGUUGGAAACCCGGUCCUCUGAACUCCCUCACUGACGUUCCUGGCGUUCGGGUUCAUACCCAGGAAAUCUUUGCCGACGAUGGCAAUGUGAAUACCGGCGUCACGAGUAUCUUGCCACGAGAAGAAUGGUUUCAUAAAGCCUGUUACGCGGGAAUAUUCAGCUUCAAUGGUUCCGGUGAGAUGACUGGCAGCCAUUGGAUCAACGAGACAGGCCUACUACACUCUCCUAUCGUCAUUACCAACUCGUUCGCCGUGGGUGCCGCGUACCAGGGCAUAUACGAGUACACCAUUAAAGCUCAAGGGGUAACGAAGGGGAACGUCGACUGGUUUUUGUUACCUGUGGUCGCAGAAACUUUUGAUGGGUACAUGAACGACCUUACUCAAUUCGCAGUCAAACCCGAACACAUCGUCAAGGGUCUUGAGAGUGUGUCGAGUGACCGUGUCAGGGAAGGCAAUGUCGGCGGCGGGACUGGAAUGAUCUGCCAUUUUUUCAAGGGCGGCACUGGUAGCAGCAGCAGAAUCGUCGAGGGAUUUGAUACCAAAGGCGAGCCCAAGAAUUACACAGUCGGUGUUCUUGUGCAGGCCAACUACGGCAGGCCACACCAUUUCCGUAUCGCAGGUGUGCCGGUUGGUAGCAUCUUAGCCAAGGAGGCUGACGAAGCUGCCGAGAGUAGUCUGGCGAUAAAAUUGGCAAGAGAAGCUCUUCAGAAAGAGAAAGACAGGAAGGACGGGAGUAUCAUUGUCAUCAUCGCGACAGAUGCACCUCUGCAUCCUACGCAGCUUCAGAGACUUGCUAAGAGAGCCACUGUGGGAUUAGCUAAAGUCGGCGGAUACGGUCAUAAUCCGUCCGGUGAUGUCUUCUUAGCUUUCUCGACUGGUAAUGAGGUUCCAGUCCAACAGGAAGUCGACCGAUUCAAGACAAAACCCAUCACCGUUGACGUGGUUGAUGAUGCGACGAUCAAUGGGCUAUUUGAGGCCACAGCGGACGCCACAGAAGAGUCGAUAUAUAAUUGUCUAUGCAUGGCUGAGACGAUGGUAGGAAACCAAGGUCAUAGGAUUGAAGCACUCCCUCUUGAAAGGGUCAAAGAUAUUAUGGAGCGUUACGCUUGAAAAUGACCAGUUCUUGAAGUUUUCUCGAAAAGAUAGUUGAAUUAAGAGCAAGUUUGUCCCGCCUCGAUAUACAAACAGAGUCAAUGAAUUUGGGAAUGUACGCUAGUCCGGAGUACCCAGCUCGUCUUCCGUGCCGUGGAAGCGACGUCACAAUUAAUUAAAUGAAACGUAGUGGCUUAUAUGUGGCAGAAUGUGGCACUUACUAAGUACCAGGUACUUGAAACGAAGUAGGAACUUCAAAGUUUUGAGUUAAGAUUUGGUGAGCUUACUUAAGACCAAAUAGAUACCAG